AUUGAGGAUUGAGCAUAGAGCUUGAUCGGCUUGAUGUUGAAUUAGGUUAGGUUGUUUGUUUUCUUUUAGCUGCAAAAGUUUGAAGAAUUCUGUACCUUUAUAAUAUUUUUCAUUGAGUUUUAUUAUCACUUUUAACUUUCACAUUUUUUAAUUUGAAGUUUUUUUCUGAAUUAAACAUUAUGAAUCAGUUAAUAAAUGAGCGUAACUCCUUAUUAAAGGAUAUACACACAAUGGUUCUAAAAACUACAGAAUUGGUGUGUCAAAAUUUAAAAGAUGAGGAUACUGUAGAUUUAGUCGAUAAAUUGAAAAGAGAUGUGGUGGCAAAGUAUUGUAAACAGGAAGAAGUUUGGAAAAAUUCAAUCAAUGUGAUUGAUUCGAAUAAAGCAACGGACGAAGAAAUAGAAAAGGUUUUUGAUGCCGAAAUGCAAAAAAUCCCAAUGAAACGCCCUGAAAGUAAUCAGCUUUAUAAAGAAUUUGAAGAGAAAGUUCAAGUGUUCCUGCAUCCAGAGGAUGCUGAUUUAUUGGAAACGCAGAGUACAAUCAAUCUGAUUGACCCGGUAACAAAGAAACGAAUGAAGGAUCCAGUUAAAAACGUUGUUUGCAAUCACACCUACGACAAAAUUUCUAUAUCUGCUUUAAUUAAAGCUAAAUCAUCUGGAAGUAUUCGGUGCCCAUAUCAAGGAUGCAACAAUCAAACCAGAUUCAAGCUGCAAGAUCUUGUUCCUGAUGAAAUCACUAGGAAGGCAUUGAUGAAAAGAGAUUAAUUAAUUCUCAUUCAUAAACAGCUUUGGACAACGUUGAUCAUCUUUUAUUUGGCAACUUUGCACUCAUCUGAUCCAAUUUCUAUCGGGCUAUUUUUGUGCGGUUGACUAUAGAAUUUCCUCCGCAACCUGUCUUGAGAAUUUUUAUAGUUACAGAAUAUCGUAGGUCACUUUUCUCAGCUGUUAUGAUAGGCAUACAGUACUGGAAACUCUAUUUUGAUACAAAACUAUUAUAAUAAAGAAUAAUAUCGGACCACCGAGCUUCGUUCGUUAUUAUUUAUUGACUUUAUUGAUAAACCGAACACAAUUCUUUAAAAUGAUUGGGGAAGUACUAACAGGCACAGCCCAAAACUGUUUCUUUCCCGAAUUUUGAUCUAAACACUAUAAAAAGUCCAGAAAGUAGGUUAUGUUCCAUACACUUGAAUUCAGGUUCAAUUUUCUGUUCAAACAAAAAAAUUAUAAUUUAGAUUAUAUACAAACCAAAUUGAAUAACAAAAUAACACUUCUUAAUCACUUGAAAUUGUCAAAUAAUGAUCAACUUUGAAAAUUAUGAUAUACUCUAGUUUAGGAGGAUUAUCAUGUCAUGUUAACAAAUCAGAUUAUGUUGAUAAAAUCAAUUAAAUUGUCUAGCUAAAUAAAAUUUCUCGCUGAUUGAUUAUGAUUACACAGCUGGAAAUAAUUCUGUCUCUUUCCCACACAGGCACACGCAUCUUCUGUUAUCGAGAGGCGACAAAAUUAUCAUCUGUUUUCCAAGGAUGAAUUAAUUUCAUCCUUUUAAUGUCGUUCAGUAAGUUUUCCAAAGAAUGAGACCUAGUGCAAUCAUAAACCUACUAUGUUCCAAAUUUCGUGAAAAUCGUUAGAGCCGUUUUCGAGAUCCGUAAAACAUAAAUAACCAGAUAUAUAAAUACAGAAAUUGCUCGCUUAAUAUAAUAGGAUUAUAGAAUUUUCAUCAAUAAAAUAUCGACACUUACCAUGUCUCGAUACAUCAAUGUAAACGUUCAAAUUCCUUAUUUUUGAUUUUUAUAUGAAUAAGUAUUAUUCUUUGAUUAGUUAUUAGAUUUGAUUGAAUAACUAGCUAUACUAGUUAUUUAAAUCAAAUAACUUCAAUAUAUUCAUCAGGCAACUAAGGUAAAUGAAUACCCAUAUUUUACAUUACCAAAACAUUGUUUCCCCAAAUAAUUUUCUAACACGUAUUAAUAGUCUAUGUUUUUUGCUUAAAUUAAACUUCUAAUUAAAUUCUUCGAUUUUCUAAUUUCAUAACUUACAUAUUUCAUGUUCUUUCUUCCAUUUGCACGUUCACCGUGUAUCAAACCUUCAUUUUUAAAAUGCAACUUCACUUUGUUGCGUACCGGUACCAUCGCACAGAAACAGUACUUUUGGUAGGUAACUACCUAGAUCAACAUUUUGGGAAUGGAACCAAUCAAUAAUAACCAAUUACUGUAUUAAUUAAUGGUAUAAUAUUUAUUCGCUGAUAAAUUCCUAAUUGAUGUUUAAUUUUGAUUCGAUAGGAUAUGCAUUGAAAUAGGAUUGUACCCUUAUUUGAAAUAGAAUUGUACUCUUAUUUCUUUAAUUAACUGCUCUAUUGGGAUAAAGAACUUGAACUUGGAAGCGAACCAAUAGAGAAAAAGCAUGCACCAUACUCGUGAAGAAGUGAACUAUCUAGUCUGUUGCGGUUGUAUACAGUGUGUGUGUGUCUGCGUUUGAAUAUGUUGUCUCCUUCCUCUAACUUUCAAUUUUCGGCCGUGUUUUAGCUCGGUACGGUUAUGUGUAUGAUUUUAUGUUCAUAUAAACUGUAUGAUUAUAACAUUAUUUCGUAAU